AUGAAGUUCUCUGUGUGUGCUUUCUGGCUUGCAUACCUGGCUGUGUGCCAAGCCGUCAGGACUCUGUCGAACACGUCAACAGGCUUUGCAUCAGGCGCAUCCUCAAACACCAUUCCACAACGGCCUGCUCGUCACCAUGCAGACGCUCCGCAGCAGCAAGCGGUUCGACUGCUUGGAAAGCUUCCUGAUCUGAACCUUCCUUACCGCCCUGAAGCCGUGGACGAGGCUCAGCGCUGGCCGGUGCCCAUAAGUCAGGAGGUAACCAUAGCCCUGCUCCCAGGACCCUCGGCACCUCCUCGAGCCACCGACGGCAGCCACAGCCACACGAUAUCAGCCGUUGUCAGGGGCACCCAUGACCUCGUGCCUUCUCUUGCCCUCACAUACGGUAAACAGCCUCGCUUGACGCGCAUGCCACUCUCCUUGGCUAGCUCAAGCCAUCCCAGCGGCGAAAAUGCCCAAGACGCGUCGAGGGGCAGGGCAGGAAGCCGUGUUGGCAAAGGGCCUUUUGAAGCUGGACCGUCGAGCUCCCGGGCAAAGACCACGAGCAGUGCAGCUGCGGGCCCGAAACAGACCAAAAUAAGGCGUAAACGUCCGCGUGUCGAACCAAGCGAUGAGGACAAAGCAAUAGGCCUGCAGAUGUUUAAUUUCAUGCGCAGCCAAGUCGAUGCGCGCAUGGCCAACAAUUUAAAGCUUACGAUAAGGGCGAGCGAAGGCAUGACGGACGGAGCGCGACAAGUCUACAGCGAUUGUUGCCGCAUCCACAACAAGGAAAAGGCGAGACUGAGAAGGUUGGAUAGGAAAUAUGGACGUGCUCCACAGCAAGCAUCAAAGAAGGUAGAAAGCGAGGAGGAGAAAAAGAGAAAGGCCAAGUUCAUGAACGGGGUGGCACGAGUAACCAGCAAGCUGAAGCGCCUCGAAAGUAGCCUCAAAAUGAAGCUCUGGAAAGACACAGACCUGGCCACUUUGCGUUAUCUAGAUCAAGAAGAUCCUGGGAACGUAGCCGUUAAAAAUCUUUGGGACAGGUUCAACAAUGUCAAAGCGAGGGCAGCGAUUGCCGAAAACCAACUGGCGGCAAUUGUCCCAAGAGAGAAAGUAGGACAGCAAGGCAAGAACCAGCCGAGCAAGAGCAGAGUGAAACAAGCACUCGAUUGCAGUACUGCUUCGCCGCGCACGAAGGGAAUUGGCCCACCGCCCAAGAGAAGGAAGGGUCUACAGCUUGUGUAG